AUGGCAAUUAUACUCUUCUUCCUUAUAAUCUCCACUGUCAUUAUUAUAAUCUACCGGAGCACUUUCCGGCGAAGAUACAACCUCCCGCCGGGAAGUCUAGGACUACCCUUUAUCGGAGAAACACUACAACUAAUAUCAGCUUACAAAACCGACAACCCAGAGCCUUUUAUCGACAAGCGAAUGAACCGGUACGGUUCAAUCUUCACAACACAUAUAUUCGGCGAACCGACAGUGUUUUCAGCUGACCCGGAAACGAACCGGUUUAUUUUGAUGAACGAAGGGAAGCUUUUUGAAUGUAGUUACCCCGGUUCAAUAUCGAACCUUUUAGAUCAUCUUCUUCUUGAUAUUGAUCGGCUUAUUCGGCUCAACUUGGAUUCUUGGUCCGACCGGGUUUUACUCAUGGAGGAAGCCAAGAAGAUAACGUUUGAGUUGACAGUGAAGCAGCUUAUGAGUUUUGAUCCAGGUGAAUGGAGUGAGAGUCUUAGGAAAGAAUAUGUGCUUGUGAUCGAAGGAUUUUUCACACUUCCCUUACCAAUACUUUCUAGUACCUACCGCAGAGCAAUCAAGGCGAGAACAAAGGUGGCUGAGGCAUUAACAUUGAUUGUGAGGCAGAGAAGAAAAGAAAGUGUAACGGGGGAGAAAAAGAAUGACAUGCUAGGUGCAUUGUUGGCCUCCGGCGACCACUUUUCCGACGAGCAAAUAGUCGAUUUUAUGUUGGCAUUGCUCGUCGCCGGCUACGAAACCACCUCUACCAUAAUGACUUUCGCAGUCAAGUUUCUCACUGAAAAUCCUCUAGCAUUGGCACAACUCAAGGAAGAACAUGAUCAAAUCAUCGCAAAGAAGAGUUGUCGAGAUGAACCAUUGGAGUGGACAGAUUAUAAGUCAAUGGCAUUUACUCAAUGUGUUGUGAAUGAGACUUUAAGGAUGGCAAAUAUAAUUGGUGGGAUAUUUAGGAGAGCAAUGACAGACAUCAAUAUCAAAGGUUACACAAUUCCAAAGGGAUGGAAGGUCUUUGCAUCCUUUCGUGCGGUACAUCUAAAUCCUGACCAUUUCAAGGACGCCCGCACCUUCAAUCCAUGGAGAUGGCAGAGAAAAUCAGAAGCAACUAGUCCUGCAAAUGUAUAUACACCGUUUGGAGGAGGACCGCGGCUGUGCCCUGGAUACGAGCUAGCCAGAGUUGUGCUCUCGGUCUUUCUUCACCGCUUUGUCACUCGUUACAGUUGGUCUCCUGCAGAAGAAGAUAAGUUGGUGUUUUUUCCAACCACUAGGACUCAGAAGAGGUAUCCUGUUAUAGUGAAGCCUAGAGUGGAACCCAAAUCAUGUAAUUAA